ACGGGACAGAAGGCGAAAUAACGACUCCAGGCUAUCCCUUCAAUUUGAGUUUUCAAGGUAUCUGUAAAACUGAGAAAAACGUGGUUAACGGUUCAAUCGAACUGACCUUUGAGAAUGUCAGUUUACCGGAUGGAGCUUUUAUAAUCUAUGAUGGUAAGAUCAUGAAAAUUGGCGUACAUGACGUACAAUCAAAAGUCGUUUUCAUUGCAAAGAAAGAAGUGAUGGUGAAUUUCGUAUUGCCUCGAAAUGUUAAUGGAACGUAUGGAGGGGUUAGGAUGAAAUAUCGAAGAAUACCCAAAGAUGUUUGUAAGUCAAGUUACGAGACUUUUGAAAUCGAGGACGAGAUACAGAGUCCCGGCUUUCCUGACAACAUUGGAGCAAACUCAAGCUGCGAAUAUUAUAUUGAUGUUGGUCCUUUCUCACUGAACGAUGUGAUUCAGAUACGUUUCAGAGAACUAUCAUUUGGACCCGAUGAUACACUGACAGUGUACGAUGCAAAGAGCAACACCGUUAUAUUCGGUCCGCUCAUUGGUCCUCAGAGACUCAUACGAGCAAAUACUACAAAAAGCACCUCCGUAAAAAUUGUCGUAGAAACGAAAUUUGUACCUUCAAUUAAACAGAGAUAUUUUAUUCUCUUUCGAGAAGUUCCUAGAGAUUCGUGUGUUUUGGAUUACACUGGAGACUAUGGUGGGAAAUUCUCUUCGCUUGAUCGCCCGUGUGUCUAUAAUAUUCGCCUAAAGCAUUCGAUUCAACUUGAUUUCAAAUUGAACGGUCUAUAUGUUCCAAGUGGAGGCCUUAUUAAAGUGAUUCAACGCUCAAAAUAUUCGGAAGAUACAACACUUUUAUCUCUUGACAAUGAUGACACAGGGAAGACAAGAUACUUCAGAAAUGAUCCUAGCCAUGACGUUAUUGAGAUAUCUGCAAGCGAACAUGUCCGGUUUACUGUGAGGUUUAAGCGUUUCAAAAAAGAUACAACGAUCACCCUCCGAAAUCCCAAUGGGACCAUUUUAUCACCGUAUUAUCCAUAUACGUAUCACUUCAAGGCGUUCGCGGAUUCGACUUAUACUUAUCACAUUGAAGUACCAAAGGGCCGCGUGAGGCUAAAUUUCACUAAGCUUUCUUUAUACGUCGAAAACAGAUACCUCAGUGACGACCUGUUUGUCUAUGAUGGAAAAUCACGUGAUGCUUACCGAAUCUGGUUACUUAGAACCAACGAAAAGUAUCAAUUACCUUUAUCCCUUCUGAGUUCGGGUAACCAUCUUACAGUGGUAUUUCGGCCUAUGUGGUCACCUAAAUGGAAAUCGGUCAAGGGUCAUGUCUUCCAAUUUGAGGCAAUCUAUUCCAGUGAAUUUCAAGUAAAAGACUGCAUCGCCUUCGAUUGGCCUCAUUCUCGUGCGGAAAGAAAUGUAACGUUGCCAGGGAGGGAAACGAAAUUCUUCUGCAACAAGAAUUAUGUCAGCGGAUCAUAUUUUAAGGACGUUACGCGGAGAUGUGGAUUUCAUGGUGAAUGGGAAGAGGGAAGGACAUUGAACUGUUUGAGGGUCUGUCCUCCCCUGGACGAAAAAUUAAAAGAGAACUCGUCUUUAUCUUGGUGGUACUCAACAUUCAGCAAGGGUGAAGUAUACGACGGAGUAUAUGCGUACUUUUCUUGCAAUUAUUACAAAGAGCAGUUGGUCGGCCCAAAGACAAUCACGUGCACAUCACAUGGCAACUAUACUGCGUUGCCUCCCAUUUGUAAAAGAAAACCCAAACGUAAUUCUGAUUAUGGCUCAAGUGGUAACGACGGAUGGAAAUACGGCGCUGGUAUUGGUGGAACAGUAUUCAUAAUUUCCAUAGUCGUCACUGUAUUGAAAGUUUGUUUCGGUUGUUGCAAUUGUUGCAGUCAAGGCAACAGUGCCGAGUCAAUUCCAAUGAGUCAAGUAAAAUACUCGCAGGCCUGAAUAUUCGAGGAAGAAUUUGAAAUUGCAGAUUACUACAUGGGGGAUAAUUUCAGCUAUUCUUCGAGCCAUUGUGUUCCAAUGAGUUCCGCAAUCCUAGCAAAACCCAUCGACCACAAUUCGGUUAUCUGUCACUGUCACCUUUUUAUGUUAUUCUGUCUAUCACUAUCAGUCCUAUGCAUGACGGAUGUGGUCAGUUAUCAUUCAGUGAGUAUCUUCAAUGUUUUGACCAGGAUUGCUGCUUCCAAUGAUCUUGAGAAUCCAUCAGCAUGAGUAAACUGAAUAGUGUAAAAUAUUUUCAGACCUGACUAAAUACUUGAGAGCCAAAGAGGUGAUUUUAAGGAUUAUCGCAAUUAGGAUGAUCCAGCGAUUAAGAUUAAUAUAUAAGUUGUAUUAUAUUCCUCUUUGUCCACACACGAGAAACAUCCAAAAUUUAUAAAUUUUAAUCCAGAACUUCCCGAAACAAAUGUUUGUCUGUGGGGCUCACGCCGCAGUAGUUUUCUCAUAGAAAAUAUGCUACAUUUCAUAAAGACGAGUAUAAUUGUUUCAAAAGGAACAGUAUGGUGCAAGACAAUAAUAUACCGCCGUGCCCAAUAUUAUAACGAGAACGGCUCAAUUGAUAUAAUUAUAUGAUUGUGUAAAGAAAAGCUGAUUAAAUUAUACAUGUACUGAUAUAUAUCGUUCUUCAAACCUGUAGUAAAAAAUGUCCGAGGGAGACUCUUGAACAGUCAAACUUUCCUUAAAAUCUACGUUGCUUCCUGGUUUAAAUUUUCUAGGAGUUUCACAUUAAAAUUUUGUUAAAUUAACAACGGGGUUCUCGUAAAGAAUUCGAAACCGAAAUGGAUGCAUGUAUAUGAUAAUUACUGAUAAAAACUGAUGUCAACAAUGACUUUAGUUUAUGGUAAUCUAGCGUAGACAUAAAGUUCCUAAAGUCGAUAUACCAGUGGACGGUGUAUCGCUUUAAACAACAGGCAAGUUUUAACAUCAAGGUAUAAAAUAGCCACGAGAUAUGGCAUCAUCAAAAGGAGCGUCUGCCUUUAGUGUUGUCCUUGGCUUCAUGAUUUUGAUCGUGGCCGUUGGCUGCAUCGCAGGAGGAGCUUUUGCUCUUCACAAAUUUGAUCAUGUUGGCGCAGCGAGCAUGGGAAUUUGGGCAGUCUAUGUAUGUAUUCUUAAUAUUAAGUUAAUAUAUUGAAAUGAAUACAAUUGUGAGCCCUUUUUCGAUAUAUGUUUUUCGAUCACCCUAUUUAUAUCCCGAGAUACAUUGUGUAUCCAGUCUAAAUCGACUAUUCAUAGCUAUAGCCAUCAUUUGACAGUCUAUUAUAUAAGUUUACUGAGUUACAAACUGUUUCCAGUCUAACAAUACAUAUAUAGUUGUUCACAUAAUCAUGUCUAAUUUUGGCCAGGUGAUUUCUAUUUCUCUCGGUUCUUUAAAUAUACUGUAUCUGAUAUAUAUGAUUAUCGUAAAUCGCAAAUCUUAAUUCGCAAAAUCUAAACAAAGAAGCACGCGUUACUCGAUGUACUUCGGAGGUCCUAUAAUCCUACAUCAGUAGGAAACUAUAUAUCUAAUUCUCCGUCCAAAUUUCCUAGAGCUUUACUGGUUUUAGACAACAAACCCUGAAUUUCUCAGUGUACAUCAUUUAUAACCGAACGCCCCAUCAAGUUCUGUAUUGUUUAUGAUAAAUUUUUUACAUUUUUCAAAUCUUUUUUUUUUAGUUCGUAAUUUCCAGCGCCAUAAGUCUUGUUGCAGGGUUUGGUAGAUAUCGUAGUUGGUUUGGAGUGGCGAUUGCGGUACAUGUGUUUGGGUUACUUCUCGCCUUGGCAGGAAUAGUAUGGUCCGCUUUGUUUUGGGCGGCAUUCGCAAUUUGUGACAAGUUUAAUAAUCUCCUCGGAAUAUGUGUAUGCGGGCUCAAGUAUGAUGGUUUGAACGUAAAUUGUGACGACGUGGAUGAUCUGCUAUAUGCCACCGCUGCAGUCACAAUACUUUAUAUUGUCCUAUUCAUUCUGUCUUUCAUUGCGUCUAUACUCGGCUGUGUCGCAGUGUGUUGUGGGAAACAGGAAUAUCGCGGUGGAAUGUACCAUGGGGCAUACGUGGUGCCUGUUCGAAAUCCAAACAGCAUGAUGAUGACAAGGAUUGAAGAAAGACAAUACACUGACAAUGAUCCAGAUCAGCACGGAGAUAGAUACAUACAAGCGCCACCGCAAUACAGGGAACCCUCCUAUAUCGACUACAGAGAUGACCGGAAGCAGAACAGAGGAUACGUCGAGGAAAGGUAUUUUAACGGUUAUUUUGAGCAGUAUGUUGACGAGAAACCAUACUAUGAAAACCGUGGCCUACCAGCUCACCAGGAGCUUUAUGCCGAAGAUCCUAGCGACGAAAGAUUCGUUGGUUACGACAACUAGCCAACCAGUCACAGUCCGUUUAUUGAAACUAUUUCAUCCAUUUUUUGCGCUAGUGGGUAAUCUCGUGCACGACCUAAUUCUAAUAACUCCGUGUAACUUUGCACUGUCCAGUACGGAUUUCAUUCUUGAAUUUCACGUUCGUUCUUAUAACAAUAUAGCAUCGUUCUCCGAGUAAUCUGAGUUAACAAUUUGCUUCAACAAUUUAUUUGACUUUAAGUUAUAUUUGAGCUUCGUCCGGGCUUAGUUCAGGAUUGCGUCUAAUCAAUAUAUUGAUCUUUUAGAUAUAUUUUAUAAAUUAUAUUCCUUUCUAAAUUGGCACUUUUAUUUAUAUAUUUUUAUAUUUUAUUUUUAUAUUACUUUAUUUUUAUAUUUCCCGCAAGAUUUUUCUUGAUUUUUUAAGACUUUUCAUCUCUAUACCUCUUACGCAAAUACCGCGCGCCUGGUUCCAAAGGCCAAAAUUUAUGAUACAGUAAUUCUAAGAUUCAUUUUGCAAAGUUAGGCUCGGUUUACACUGUCAAAUUUUCGGUGAUCACAGUUUGGAAUAUUUAACGUCAAAUCCUUGGGAUUUAGCGAUGCAAAUUUUCAACUGUGAACACAGGAACUUCAGUGGACAGUGUAAAGCGGGCGUUAGAAACGUUCAAUCUAGCUGUUUCACCAAACUUGACACAAACUUUCCUUAAAGUCUACGUUGCUUCCUGGUUUAAAUUUUCUAAGAGUUUCACAUUAAAGUUUUGUUAAACUAACAACGGGGUUCUUGUAAAGAAUUCGAAAAUGUAUAAUUUUCAACGCCAAAUGUAUGCAUGUAUAUGAUAAUUACUGAUAAACACUGAUGCAAACAAUGACUUUAGUUUAUGGUAAUCGUUGCCGCGUAGACAUAAAGUUCCUAAAGUCGAUAUACCAGUGGACGGUGUAUCGUUUUAAACAACAGGCAGGUUUUAACAUCGAGGUAUAAGAUAGCCACGAGAUAUGGCAUCAUCAAGAGGAGUGUCUGCCUUCAGUGUUGUCCUUAGCUUCAUGAUUUUGAUCGUGGCCUUUGGUUGCAUCGCAGGAGGAGCUUUUUCUCUUCACAAAUUUGAUCAUAUUGGCGCAGCGAGCAUGGGAGUCUGGGCAGUCUAUUUCGUAAUUUCUAGCGCCGUAAGUAUUGUUGCAGGGUUUGGUAGAUAUCGUAGUUGGUUUGCAGCGGCGAUUGGGGUACAUGUGUUAGGGUUACUUCUCGCCUUGGCAGGAACGGCAUGGGCCGCGUGGUUCUGGGCGCUCUUCGCCAUUUGUGAAAAUGCUAAAGAUAUUCUGGGAGUAUGUGUAUGCGACCUCAAGUAUAAUGGCUGGAAAGUAGAUUGUGACGACGUGGAUGGUGUGCUACAUGCCACCGCUGCAGUCACAAUACUUUAUAUUGUCCUAUUCAUUCUGUCUUUCAUUGCAUCUAUACUCGGCUGUGUCGUGGUGUGUUGUGGAAAAGAGAAAUAUCGCGGUGGAAUGUACCAUGGGGCAUACGUGUUGCCUGUUUCAAAUCCAAACAGCAUGAUGAUGACAAGGAUUGAAGAAAGACGAUACAUUGAAAAUGAUCCAUACCAGCACGGAGAUAGAUACAUACAAGCGCCACCGCAAUACAGGGAACCCUCCUAUAUCGACUACAGAGAUGACCGGAAGCAGAACGGAGGAUACGUCGAGGAAAGGUAUUAUAACGGUUAUAUUGAACAGUAUGUUGACGAGAAACCGUACUAUGAAAACCGUGGCCUACCAGCGCCAGCUCACCAGGAGUUUUAUGUCGAAGAUCCUAGCGACGACAGAUUCGAUGGUUACUACGACUAGCCAACCAGUCACAGUCCGUUUAUUAAAAUUAUUUCAUCGAUUUUCAUCCAUUUUUUGCACUAGUGGGUACUCUUGUGCACGACCUAAUUCUAAUAACUCCGUGUAGCUUUGCACUGUCCAGUAGGGAUUUCAUUCUUGAAUUUCACGUUCGUUCUCAUAACAAUAGCAUCGUUCUUCGGGUAAUCUGAGUUAACGAUUUGCUUCAACAA